UAACAUUGAGGUUCUUGCCUGCAUCAAGUCCUGCCAUUUUUUCUUCGACCUUUCUGGUUGUAAUUAAUUCUUUUCUUGCUUUUCCUUUUUUCACUCACUGCUCUUUGUUCGGUUUCAACCUCCAAAGAGCGAAGAGAGAGAAAAUGAUGGAGCGUUCGGCAGCAGUGUGGCAGGGAGCUGCUCUCGGUGGAUUAUUCUUCUGGGUUGUGUCAUCUUCAUACCUCAAUGUGACUCGCAGGCUUAGAUCUUUCCUUCGGCCCUGGGUGAUUCAACAUGUCGAGUCUGGAACGUCUAUUGUCCUUCAGAUCCAGAGUUACGGGCAUGGAAUUCUGGACGCUUUUUUCUCUGGAUUGUGUUGCACUGUUUCUGUUCCCUUUUACACAGCUUUUCUUCCUCUGGUAUUCUGGAGUGGAUAUAGCAAAUUGGCAAGGCAGCUAACGUUGUUGAUCGCGUUCUCUGAUUAUGUUGGUAAUUGUGUGAAGGAUGUUGUAUCAGCUCCAAGACCAGCUUCUCCGCCUGUUCGGAGACUUACAGCCACGAAAGACGAAGAAGACAAUGCGUUAGAAUAUGGGUUGCCUUCAUCUCACACUCUUAAUACGGUCUGCCUCUCUGGAUACAUUGUGCACUAUAUCCUGACUCAUACUCAAAUUCAAGGUGGUUGUGCUGGUGUACUUGGAGUUGUCUUAGCUAGCUUACUCGUGGCUUUCAUUGGUUUGGGAAGGAUUUAUCUUGGCAUGCACAGUUUGGUCGAUGUCAUUGGUGGUCUUUUUAUUGGACUCGGAACCCUUGCAAUUUGGCUUCAGAUUGAUGAAUGCCUAGACAGUUUUUUGACCUCAGGACAAAAUGUUACAUCAUUUUGGGUUGCCUUGAGCAUACUCUUGCUCUUUGCUUACCCAACUCCCGAACUUCCAACGCCAAGUUUUGAGUUUCACACUGCAUUCAACGGUGUUGCGUUGGGAAUUGUUGCAGGAGUACACCAGACAUACCAUCAAUUUCACCAUGAUUCUGUACCACGUGUGUUCUCCCCACAACUGGCAAUCACAAUACCUGGAUUUGUAGGGAGAAUGCUAGUGGGAAUACCUACAAUCCUGAUCGUGAAAUUCUGUAGCAAGGCUCUAGCAAAAUGGACUCUUCCUGUGGUAUCAAACACCUUGGGCAUCCCAAUAAAAUCAACAAGUUAUAUCCCCACAUUGAAAGGAUCUUUCCAGGUAAAGAAGUCUGACAAGCUCAGACCGGCUUAUUUGCAAAAGCUGCUUUCUCAGUAUCAGGUAUUUGAUAUUGAUACCGGCAUUAGAUUUCUUCAGUAUGCGGGUCUUGCAUGGUCUGUGGUUGACCUUGUGCCGUCGCUUUUUUCAUAUCUGAGCUUGUGAGCGAAGAGAUGCUGAGCGCAUUUCAUCCACUCAUUGCCCAAUGACUAUAUGUAAAAUUAAUUUUCGUAAGGUAAUAGAUUAUUACAUUUUUCCACACUCAA